UCGUGUUCUGGGCUCCGGAGUCCGACACGGGCGGGGACCUCAGCAGCUCCCGGUGCUCGCUCCGAGCGGUUUCCGAGCGCCGCUCCCAGGCGCUCAAAAUUCGCCUCCGAGCGCCGAAGAGCGACGCGCUGGAGACCGCCCGCCCAUGAGGCCGGAAGGGGCGGGACAACGCUGCGGAUUGGUCCCUGGGCUCAACGUCAUUUCCGCGCGCCGGGGAGGGCGGGCCUGGAGCGUGAGCCGUUGCUGCUCACUGCGGGGUGGUGGCUGCUGGGCAGGCUGGCGCUCUUACCAUGAGCGAGGCGGACGGGCUGCGACAGCGCCGGCCUCUGCGGCCGCAGGUCGUUACGGACGAUGAUGGCCAGGCCCCGGAGGCUAAGGACGGCAGCUCCUUUAGCGGCAGAGUUUUCCGAGUGACCUUCUUGAUGCUGGCUGUUUCUCUCACUGUUCCCCUGCUUGGAGCCAUGAUGCUGCUGGAAUCUCCUAUAGAUCCACAGCCUCUCAGCUUCAAAGAACCCCCGCUCUUGCUUGGCGUUCUGCAUCCAAAUACAAAGUUGCGACAGGCAGAAAGGCUGUUUGAAAAUCAGCUUAUUGGACCGGAGUCCAUAGCACAUAUCGGGGAUGUGAUGUUCACUGGGACAGCAGAUGGCCGGGUUGUAAAACUUGAAAAUGGUGAAAUAGAGACCAUUGCCCGGUUUGGUUCGGGUCCGUGCAAGACCCGAGAUGAUGAGCCUGUGUGUGGGAGACCCCUGGGUAUCCGUGCAGGGCCCAAUGGGACUCUCUUUGUGGCUGAUGCAUACAAGGGACUAUUUGAAGUAAAUCCCUGGAAACGUGAAGUGAAACUGCUGCUGUCCUCCGAGACACCCAUUGAGGGGAAGAAAAUGUCCUUUGUGAAUGAUCUUACGGUCACUCAGGAUGGGAGGAAGAUUUAUUUCACUGAUUCUAGCAGCAAAUGGCAAAGACGAGACUACCUGCUUCUGGUGAUGGAGGGCACAGAUGACGGGCGCCUGCUGGAGUACGAUACUGUGACCAGGGAAGUAAAAGUUUUAUUGGACCAGCUGCGGUUCCCGAAUGGAGUCCAGCUGUCUCCUGCAGAAGACUUUGUCCUGGUGGCAGAAACGACCAUGGCCAGGAUACGAAGAGUCUAUGUUUCUGGCCUGAUGAAGGGCGGGGCUGAUCUGUUUGUGGAGAACAUGCCUGGAUUUCCAGACAACAUCCGGCCCAGCAGCUUUGGGGGGUACUGGGUCGGCAUGUCAACCAUCCGCCCUAACCCUGGGUUUUCCAUGCUGGAUUUCUUAUCUGAGAGACCCUGGAUCAAAAGGAUGAUUUUUAAGCUCUUUAGUCAGGAGACGGUGAUGAAGUUUGUGCCGCGGUACAGCCUCGUCCUAGAACUCAGCGACAGCGGUGCCUUCCGGAGAAGCCUGCAUGAUCCCGACGGGCUGGUGGCCGCCUACGUCAGUGAGGUGCACGAGCACGACGGGCACCUGUACCUGGGCUCUUUCAGGUCCCCCUUCCUCUGCAGACUCAGCCUCCAGGCUGUUUAGCCCUCCCGGAUAGCUGCCCCUGCCAUGUAAGCCAGGAGUCUUCACACUAAGGCACCAGGCCUGGUCCAGGAGGAGCUGUGGACACAGUCAUGGUUCAAGUGUCCACAUGCACUUGUCAGUCCCUGAGGGAUGGUGGGCAUGGCUGCUUCAUCCCUUGAGGAUGCCCGGGCCCCAUCUGGGCUCAUCUUUCUGUUUAGAGGGAAGCGUAACAUAUCUGCCACCGGGAAGAUAAAUUCAUGUGAAGCAAUUUUCUCUUAAAAAAAAAAAACAAACAAACAAAGCUUUCUAAGUACAAUCAUUCUCUAGGACUUGGGAAGCUCCUUGCACUUGGAACAGGGCUCAGGUAGGUGGAGCAGUAACACACUGCCCAGGAAGUUUGCUGCUGUGGCCCUGUCCUGCGGCCUCAGAGUCCUUCUUUACUAUUAUGUAACGUGCGGUCAUACCUUUAUUGGGGUGGGAAUGGAAGAGCAGAGGGAGGAUGGCCCAAGGGUGUUGAGGCCAGCAGUGAGAGCUGUGUAAGCCAAGACUUGGAACUGUGUUCUCAAGGGUUGUGUGGGACGUGGGCUCUCCAUAGUGUGUAGGAAAAGCAUGUUGACUCUAGCGGCUCAGAGAGGACUUUGCUGGGUUUCUUUCUGUGAAUAUCUCCGCACUGACCAUGCUGGAAUUGGAUGCUUCUGCAAUUUGGGACCUACUGCAGGGGUCCGUUUAGUAACGUCCUGUCUGUAACCUUUGUUGUUGACCUCUAGACCCCAAGAUGUGAACAGUGCACGUGUUAAUGUCAUCUUUGCUCGUGUGUUAUAAGCCCCAAGUUGCUGUAUAUUUUCACAAGUAUGUCUACACACUGGUCAUGAUUUUGAUAAUAAAUAAUGAUAAAUUGACUUGUGCUGAUUAA